AUGAGCACUUCACUUUUGUUUGAUGAAGCGACAUAUGAGAAACUUCCUGAAGUCAAAAAGCCUGUUUAUGUAUUUGACUGGUUGUGUUCACUCGAAAAAAGACUGUUGGUGGAGAACAAACAAGUAAUCAAGGAAUGUCAGGAAGAUCUGGUACAACAGCUGUUGUCCCACCUAACACAUGCUCCUGGCCGUCCAACACACAAGCUAUUGGGUCGUUGUUUUGCAAAUCUGUUUCUAGUAGGUGAUUCGCUCCUGCUUUACACAGCUGUCAACACAUGUAACGGACUUCUUAAAUGUCGUGAUGAUGGUCCUACUAGUAUCAAUAGUCGUCUAGCAGCACUAAGCUGCCUUGGAGCUAUAUAUAAACGCCUUGGACGUAUGAUAGGUCGCUCAUUUGAAGAUAGUGUUAUCAUAAUGGUGAAGCUGAUCAAACAGUCUGAGUCCCAAGUUCGCUGUGAAACUAUGAAUACAAUAUGCAAUCUAAUUGAAGGUGUCGGUUCAGCUAGUGCUGUAUGCCACAAAGAGAUAUACAAAGCAGCGAAGAUAUGUAUGACAGAUCGAGUACUUUAUGUGCGUGUUGCAGCAGCUAAAUGUUUAUACUUCCUGGUUGAUCAUUCAAAUUCAAUUCACACCAGUGAAUUAGAAGCAACUGUUAGUCUAUGCCUUCGAUGUUUGGAUGGAGCUAAUUAUGCAACUCGAAUUGAAGCUUCACGCACGCUUGGACAUUUGUUGGCGAAAACUCAACGUAAAAAAGGGAUUGAUCAAGGAUCUGAUGCGAAUAGUAGUGGUCCUGUUGGAACAUCUGGUAAUUCACGUGGGAAAACUGUCACACUAUCAGAUGCAUUAUCCUUAUUAUCUUCAGGAUUUUUGAAAGGUCCAGGCGGAUUUCUAAAGGCUACCAGUGCUACUGAUAUGAUUAAAGGUACUAGUCCAGUUAAUCGAGAAGUUCGUGUUGGUGUAACAUAUGCUUAUAUUGAAUUUAUUGUUGAAAUGGGACCGCAAUGGUUUGAAUCAAACUUAUCAACUAUACUAACACAUAUAGUCAAUCUUUUACUAAUCCCACGAGCUACACCGACACAUGUUGAAGCAAUCUGUGCACGAAAGUGUAUACAAUAUUUAUUGGGUACUGUAUUUCGACAUUUACUAUCUGAAUCUAUUCAGUUAGUUGCAGCCAAUGAAAUAAUAAAGAUAUUAACUUAUCAUCUACAAUCUUUACAAAAUCUUCAUACCAAUGAAUAUUCAAUAAACAAUAGUAGUGAUGUAUUUCAACAAAUAUUCUCUUCAUCUAUCUCCUCAUCGUCUUCAACACUUACUGCUAUUGGUGGUAAUUAUACUAGCAGUAAUAAUAGUAGUAGUAGUAAUAAUAAUACUAUGAAUGAAUCUCCAAAUGCUGUAAUGAAUGAUAUUUUCAAUGAAACUCUAUCAGGCAAUAAUAGUUUUGAUGAAGUGAAUGGUGAUAAUCAAAUUACUCCUACUACUUACAAUUUGGAUAAUAUAACAGAAAUAGAUAAUGGGAAUAUCAUUAAAAAAGCUUUUGGACGUCAAAUUUCUAUGACAACAAUUACAACUGCUACUACUACUCCUACUCCUUCUGCUCCUCCUACUAGUAGUGGUGGUAACAGCAGUUCACGUUCAAAUAGGGAACAACAGCAUCAACAUUUAGUUAUUUGUUUAUUAGAUAUAAUUAAUCAGUUAAUACGUUGGUUAGAUUCAUUAGUUGUUCAACUUUUAGAUCAACCUACUCAAUUAGUUGAUGUACUCUGCACAUGUUUGAUGCAUCCAAUACAAGCUGUUCGCCUUGCAGCUGCAUCAUGUUUAAGACAACUAGUUAUUGUUUUACCAAGUCAACGUAUCCCAUUACUGAAUCGUUUUUUAUCAUACUUACAACAAUCGCAUAGAUAUAAUGCAGAUACACUUUUAGGUGUAACUUUCGGUAUCACUGGACUUUUAGCUGGAGUUAACUACUCUAUACUCGGUUUAUCAAAUAAUAUACCUAAACAGAUGUUUAGCCUAGCUGAGGAACUUUUACGUGAAGCCAACCAGAAUAGUCGAUUUACUUUAGCUCGUACACAAAGUGGUUGGAAUUUGUUAGCUGCAUGCAUAACUCUUGGACCAAAUAUUGUUAAACCACACUUAGCUCGAAUCUUCUUAUUUUGGCGUAAUGCAUUCCCGCGUAGUCUACGUGAAUUAGAAGCUGAGAAACAACGUGGUGAUGCUUUCACUUGGCAGGUUAUGCUUGAAUCAAGAUCUGGUGCAUUAUGUUCAAUACAAAGUUUUUUAGAAUAUUGUUCACCAUAUUUACUUACAGAAGAUAUAAUUCAUCGUUUAUUACCACUUAUUGAAUGUGGAUUAAAUAUGCUAUCACAAAUGAAUGAUAUUGUUCGUAUAUAUGGGAAUCAUUUAAAGUUAACAGCUGGUUUUAUACGUCUUCGAUUAUAUCGAAUUUUACUUUUAUUACCACCAACAGCUUAUACUACAUUCGUUCAUCAUUUAUGGCAGACAAGUCCUAAUCAACAAGGUUCUUAUAGUACAAUAUUACGUGAAUUAGUUGCUGAAUUUACGCUAACCGAUAAUAUGGCGAAUACAACAACCUCUUUAUUCAAAUCAUUAUGUCGUUCUGAAGACAGUGUAACUUUGAGUUCAUGUUCACAAGAUACUGAUCAAAGAUUGUUAGAAGAACAGUUACAACCUGCCAUUUUGAACAAUGCUCCCGGUUCACUGGAACAUGAUCCCGCUUACUUGUAUCUACGAGAUGGUGUUGCCAAUGUACUAAAUACUGAUGUUACACUGAUCAAUCUAACGAAUGGAGAUGAGAAUGGUGAGAAUAUAGCACUAACUGCUGGAACAUUAUUUCAUGGUCCAUCAAAUGUUUUUUCAACUAGUGGAAUAUUUUCUACUACUAAAUUUUACAAUACUAAUUCUACCUCUAGUAAUAAUAAUAAUCAUAAUAAUAAUAAUAAUACUAUUCUAUUAUUAGGAAAUAAUAAUCCUAAUAAUUUCUCUAAUGUUACACUAUCAUGUGAACUAAUUCAGAUAACUGGACCUAUGCCAAUCAAUAUUGCUGUAAUAGAUGCAUCAAUUGAAUUAUUCGGUAAAUUAUUUGCUUGUGUUUCUCUACGUCAUUGUACUCAAAUGUUAGAACAUUUUACUGAAUGUAUUCGUUUAACUAAAUCAAUUCGUCAAGAAGCUGUACAAAUCAAUGUAUUCGCUGCUUUAUUAAAUGCAUUACGAUAUUUAACUGAAAUUAAAUCAUCAUUUGGAGAUGAUUUAACACUUAGAAAAGCUGCUACAAAUCUAAUCUUUUCUAGAUUAUACGGUUAUCCGUAUAGUCAAAAUUCAACACUGAUCAAUGAAUUACAAAGGAGUAUUAUUUAUGAUGCUACUCUAACCAGUCCUAGUGUUCUACUACGUUGUGUUGCUGGUGAAUGUUUAGGUAGACUUGUUCAAGUUGUUGGUGAAUCAAAUUUUUUAGCAGAAUUAGCUCAACAAAUAUUUGAACGUUUACGUACAGUUCGAAAUCCUAUUGCAAGAGCUGGUCAUUGUUUAGCCAUUGGUUGUUUACAUCGUUAUGUUGGUGGUUUAGCAUCUGGACAACAUUUAAGUUCAAGUGUUGGUGUAUUGUUAGCUAUAGCUCAAGAUUCUAGUGUACCUGAAGUUCAAGUAUGGGCGUUACAUGCUCUUGCAUUAGUUGCUGAUUCAGGUGGUCCAAUAUUUAGACAAUAUGUUGAACCAAGCUUAAGUUUAGUAUUGCAACUGUUAUUGAAAGCACCGAGUGCUAUGCAUGAAAUUCAAAGGGGUCUUGGACGUUUAUUUGCUGCCUUGAUUACUACCCUGGGACCUGAAUUACGUGGUACAAGUACCUCUAUAGCAUCUAUUCGACAUUCAUGCUUACUAUGUUGUAUGAUUAUGCGUGAUUCAUCGGAUUCAUUACUACAAGCUGAAGGGAUAGCCUGUUUACAACAACUGCAUAUGUUUGCUCCAAUGCAUGUUAAAUUAGCUGGUCUAGUCCCUGAAUUACAGGCAAAUUUAACCAGCUUUGAUUUAGUCCUAAGACGUGCAGCACUCUCAUGUUUAAGACAAUUAAGCCAAAAAGAGACUAUGGAUCUAUAUGGAUUUGUAACACAAUCAGAUGAAACAACUACUCCUAUUCUUACCUCAUUGUCAACAUUAUCAAAUAACGCAAAUAAUAAUAAUAAUAAUAAUAAUAAUAAUAAUAAUAAUAGUCGUCAUGGACAUUUUUCAACGUCUACUUUUACUACAAAAUUAGAAUCACAAUUAUUCAGUUUACUUAAUGUUGAAAUGGACUAUCAACUACGUCGUGAUAUUGAAGAUACAUUGAUUGGAAUGUUGCAUGCAACUGGUACAUUACACUUGACUCAUUGGUUUUCAAUACUCAAAGAAGUGUUACAGGUCUCCACUGCACUGAAAACUGACAUGAUCAGUAAUGAUAACUCCAAUAGCAAUAAUGCUGCCAUCGUUACAACAAAUUUUGGCCAAAAGUCAUUGGAUCUAAAUAGUAAUGGCUAUCCUUCACGGAUUAGUGGUGUAGAUUCAUUGAAUAACCCUGGACAAAGUGGUAAUAUAGCAGAAACGAGUGGUGUUGACACAGAAUAUGCUGAAGAGGAUGAAGAUGUCGAUGUAAACUUUAAACCAAAACAAUCAAGCCAAGAAAUUAAUCAGUUGUUCAGUGUUAAAAUUAAUGCCAGAUGUUCAACACGAAUAUUUGCUAUCAAUUGUUUACGUGUGCUUAUAUCCAGUUGUGCUAAACUUUGUAAUAAUUCAGCCUUGAUAAAUGCCAAUGAUAAUAAUACUGAAGAAGAUAUGAUUAUCAAUUCAAAUUCAUUAGCUCACUUUGAUUUAGCUAAAGCUAGAAUUCUACACUGUCAGACAGGCAAAUCGGAUUGGCUUAUUCUUUAUUUAUCCGAUUUAAUACGUAUAGCGUUUAUGUCAGCUACUUCAGAAAGUGAUCGAUUACGUAUUACAGGCUUAAAAUUAAUGCAAGAUGUUGUACAGAGAUUCUCUUCAGUACCAGAUCCUGAUUUCCCAGACCAUGUUAUUCUGGAACAGUACCAAGCUCAAGUCUCUGCUGCAUUACGACCUGCAUUUAUGUAUACUUCAUCAUCAGAUUUAUAUGAAAGCGGUAUGAUUAUAGAACCAUCCACUGGAAAUAUUUCCACAUCAUCUAUUAUCUUUCAGCCUAACCCUGAAUUAAUGAAUAUAGCUUGCCAAGUUUGUAGUAAAUGGAUUACUUCAGGAGUUGGUCGUGAUCCAGAAGAUUUACGUCGUGUACAAGAUCUUUUAAAGCAAGCAUUCAAUAAAUUAACAUUGAAUACUACCAAUGAAAAUCAUUCAUCUGAUACUUCAAUAUCAAUUCAACGUACAGAAUCAUCUCAAUGGAUAUCUGAAAAUUCGAAAAUUGUUGAAAGACUUUCUAUUCUAGCUGCUUGGGCUGAAAUUUAUAUUGUAACAACUGAACAAGCCAUAAAAUGGGGAAGCAAAUUAAACCGAAAACAACAGUUCGAGUCUAGUCAAUCACAACGGUUAGAUGAUGAACAACCAAUCGAUGAAUCAGAUGAUAUGAUAAAUAAUACUCAAACUGAUGAAGAAUUCGACUAUAGUACACUUAUAAAAGGCAUAUCACUCGAAGAUUUAUUAUCUACUGAUUUUAAAUCGGAUCAGCUUCAUCUUGGUUCUUUGACAAAACGAAGAACAACUACAAAUAAGCCAAUUCAACGUUUAUUAGUGAAAUGGAUUCAGCCUAUUCUGCCUAGUUUAAGUCAAGCUUGGUUGGAUGCAUUAAAAGAUUAUGCGUGUAUGAAUUUACCUGAGAAUUUGUCAAGUCAACAAGUAGUUGAUACCAAAAAUUCAACAACAUCAUCCAAUGUGAACAACAACAACACUAACUACAAUCUUGAUCAGAUUCGUGUAUAUUAUGCACGUUAUUGGCCGUGUAUGACAUAUGCUCUUUCUUUAUGGCUGUCAACUAGUGAGGUGACGGCGACACCGACAACUAUGGCGGCAUCAUCAUUUACUGAUGAAGACAAGGUGAACACAAAUGUAAAGGGUAGUAUGCUGUCGAAAUCAGCACGUCAAUUCUUUUUGAUUUUAGGAAUGUGCGUUGAAGCUAUGUGUAAUACUACAUCGAAACAACCAAUAUCAAUUAUUCAUACAUGUCUACGUUGUAUUCUAUGCCUGUUAAGUAGAUCAAAGUUUCGUGCUUAUCUUAUGCAAUCAUCAACAGAGAUAUCUAUUGAACUCUUACUAGUAAUACAUAGACUCUUACUUACACGUGAAUGUAUUGAAACACAUUUGUUGUGCUUAGCCAAUGUAAUUCAUAUACUGAUUGCAGCCAAUGAACGCUUGACUAAAGAACGUGAUGAUUGGUUAACUAAAGAAUCCUCACAGAACGAUGUCAUAAAUAAUCUGCUUAUUUCACCGGAACUAAAAACUUUUCGAAAGAAUUGUAUGACAUCAAGUAUAAUGUUACAGACAACAGGUUUAAUUGAUGCUCAAAUGUAUGAACAUGGUGAAGGUGGAUAUUUAGCUAGAUUUUUCGAUUCUCACACUACUGAUCAUGAUGAACAGGACAAUAAUAACAACAAUAACGUUAAGGAUAAUAAUAUUACCGCUUUUGAUAGUCAAACAAAUCUGUGUAAUAAAUAUGGAAAAAUAUUUGCUGGACUACACCCUGAACGAUCAAUUGUGUUCACUUGUCUAGAAAUUGUUGUGUGUAUAGUGGCACGUUAUCGACCACAAGUUAUUAAACAUCUACGUACUUUAAAUACAGACAAUACUGAGGAUAAAAAUCAUAAUAUUAUUCCAGAGACAGUGUGUGCCUCUAACUUCAAUGCACCGUGUGUUCUAGCUGCAGCUUUAAAGUGUCUACUUCCAUUGAUUGAUUUAUGCGCACCAAAAACUCUUCUAAGUACACUUAGACUUGGUAAACAAAAUCAAAAUAUGCAAUCCAAUCGUUAUAUACAUGAAGAAAGUCAAGCCAAUAGUCAACAAACAUCACCAUCUUAUCAAUAUGAAUGUUUAUUACCGAUUCUCUUAGAUCUGGCUAGUGAAAUAGCAAAGGAUGUUUUAUUGAAACAAUAUUCAAAUGAAUUUCAAGUGAAUAGAUCAAAUGAAGGCAACCGUAAUCUAGGGAUAUUCAAGUCAUAUAAUUUAUCUUUAUCUCAAUCAUCGAAUUCCUUUACUUCAUAUUUAAUUGAUGAUGAUGAGACAGAGAUUUCAUCGACAACUACUAAUUUAUCUGUAUGUAUAAAUGAUAUUGAACAACGAUAUCAACGUAGACAUAGAUAUCAUUGUUAUAUAAGCGAUAUAAUUGGUUGGAAUGAAGAAUUAUUUCAAUUAGCUGAAGUGUAUAUAACAUUAAUGAAUAAAUUAACUACACAUCAUUAUCCUACCUUAUCAAUAGUAAAAGUUGAAACUAAUGCUACUGUCACCUCUACUGGUUCUUCACAUCAUCAAGAUAUCGCUAUAACUACUAACUCAUCAACAAUUCUAUCUUCACAGACUACUCAAAUUCAACCUGAUAGUAGUAGUAUUAUAAAUAAAGAAGAAGAAAUUUCUAAUUCAAACAAUAAUAAUAAUAAUGAUAUUCAUUCUUUGUCUAUGAAUACUGGAAAGCAUAAUAAUUCAGUGGUAAAUGCUUAUAACGAAUGGUAUAAUUUAAUUUCAAGGAAUAUGUUAUCAAUUCUUCUUCAACAUGAACAUUAUAAUGAUAUAGAGGUUGAUACUCAUUCAUUGCGUAAAUGCUGUUUAAUAUCAGCUUAUCUAGUGAGUCGUAUAUGUAAAAGUUGUCCUUUACAAAUAUUUCAAUCUUCUGAUUUAGUGAAUACUCUAUCCAGUCUACUUUGUCAUGGUUGGUGUUUAUCACAAUUUCAACAGAAUUCUCAAACAAAUACUGAAAUGAAUGAAAAUGUUAAUUCAAUUGAAUAUAAUAUAUUCAGUUUGUUAAAUUCAAAAAUCCUACAAAAUCGUAUUAUAUGCCUAGGAGCAUUUGAAUCAUUGUGCAGUCAUCAUGAGCCGUCAAUUAGUGCAUUGUUUAUAAAAAUACUAACUCCUCAAGUAUUUCGUUGGUUAUAUGACUUGACUAAUAUUGUUGAAUUGUACUCUUCAAGACAACAACACAAAUUGGAUAUAUCUUCUUGUGAUACAUUGAAUAAUGAAAUCAAUUUGAAUGAAUUUAUAUUUGUUUAA